AUGGCAACAGAUAUAGAAUUACAAGAGACCUCUACUCCAGCUGGUAGCGGAGAAGUAAGAAUCACAUCACCAGACAAUUUAGAUAUACAAGAACACAAUCCACAUAAAGAAAAGAAAGCAGAUCUAUCGGCCAUCGAAACUGUCAAGAAACAUUGGCAUAAAUCAAAGACUGAAAUCGUAUUCAUUUUGAAAUGGGCGUGGCCAAUGGUCGUUUCCAACUUGCUCAACAAUGUAUCCUAUCUAUUUAUCAACCUUAUUUUUGUUGGUCGUCUCUCUAGAAAUGAAUUGGCUGCUGCCGCACUUGCCAAUACUUGGACCUAUGGAACUCAAGCCUUUUCACUUGGUAUUAAUAAUGCUUGUGAUACCCUUGUUUCUCAAUCUUGGGGUGCUGAAAAUUAUGUACUUGUAGGAUUAACAGUUCAAAGAGCCACCAUUGUAACUACAGGUGUGACAGUUUUAGUUGCUGUUUUAUGGGCACUAACAGAGAAAUUUUUAUUAUUGGUUCAACAAGAUCCAACCAUUUCUUAUUUAGCUUUAAAAUAUGUUUUAUAUUUAAUGCCAGGAUUAUGGUUUGGCAACGUUUUAAAUGUUAUGCAAAAAUAUGUUCAAGGUCAAGGUUUGAUGAUGCCAUCGAUUUACAUUGGUCUUGCACUCAAUGCUAUGAAUGUAUUAUUCAAUUUUGUAUUUGUCACUGGUAUAGGUUCCUAUUCAGGAAUGGGUUAUGUUGGUAGUGCACUUUCGACAUCCAUUUCAUUACAUGAAAAGUCAUGGUUUGGAUGGUCAAGGGAAUGCUGGAAUUGGGCAGGUUUUAAAGAGUAUUUGAAACUAGGUGUUCCGGCAAUGAUCCAACAUGCAUCGGAAAGUUGGGGGUUCGAAAUAUUGACCAUUAUGGCUGGUUUGUUGGACAGCACCAGUUUGGAUGCUCAUUCGGUGACUUACAAUUUCACAAUGUUGACGUACCAGAUUCCAUCGGGUAUUGCUAUUGCAGUGUCUGUUAGAGUCGGUCAGUUGCUGGGAUCGCGUAAUGGCACACAGGCACGUCGCGCAUCAUGGGUUGGAUUUGGUAUCACACUAGUCUGCAUGAUUAUCGUUGCCAUUGUACUGUUUACAAGUCGGUUCCAACUCGGAUACAUCUAUACUCACCAUCAAGAGGUUAUUGAUAUGGUCGCCGAAAUCCUUCCCAUCGCCGCACUCUUCCAAAUUUUCGAUGGUGCCCAAACCAUUUUCCAGGGUGCCGUGAGAGGUAUGGGUCGCACCAAGAUUGGUGCAGCUGCCAACUUUAUCGCCUUUUAUGUCAUUGGUAUCCCCUUCUCGGCCAUCUUUGCCUUUGCCAUCAAGACGGGUGUCACCGGGCUCUGGUGGGGUCUCUGUAUCGGUCUCGUCACCAUCAGCUUCGGGCUCGGCUUUUUCCUCCUCAAGGUGAGCUGGCCCGACGAAGUCGAAAACGCCAAGGUCCGUACCAUGACCUCGAUGAACCGUAUCUCAACAACCUACCUUCAAAAGCAUAGAGGGUCGUUCUCAUCCGACACCCUACCACCCGGCCUCAUCCUCGGAGGCGACAGUAAUCCAAACAGCAGCAACAGCAGCAACAGCAGCGAUGGCGCCGACAAGCCCAGCAAGUCCAAACGAUCCAACAGCAAGGACAACGGUACCGGUGCCCCACCAGGCAGUCCACGACGUGGUGGUCCAGUGACUGGCAUCCGGUCCAACCUAGGACUUUAUACAGAGGGUCCUGCAGUCGACCAAAAUAGACCGGAUGACAGUCCAUCCCCACCCCAACCCCCACAAAGAUCGAUGGAUAUCUCAAUUGAUAAUUCAUCAACCUUUGUUGACAGUACCAACUCUUCAUCCGUAUGUUCUUCCCUUCCCACGACCCCAGCUCCUGUCCCCGCUAAUCCCCAUAUUAAUACGCAAUUAAAUUUUAUUAAUGUCCAAUUGAACAAUAUCAACCAUCAAUUAAACACCAUUCACGUUCAAUUAAAUAGUAUGAAAAGCUUAUCUGAUAGUAAUGGUAGCGUUCCUUUUGUGAACGAUGAAAAGACAAGUAACAGUAAUCAAAAUAACAAUAGUAGUAGUAUUAAUAAUGGAAAUGGAAAUGGAAAUAAUCAUAUUCAUUUAUCUGAAGAAUCCUCUGGUGCUGCUGCUGCUGGCGUUUCUGCUGCUCAAACCAGACCAAAUCUAUCCAACAGUAAUAACAGUGGAAGUGCUGGCAGUGACAAUGGAGCCAAUCCAUCUUUGCCAAUUGAUCAAUUGAAUCAAAGUGGUGAAAGCGCAACAAGUGGAUCAUUUGAUUUAUUAUCUCAUAUUAACAAUAGUAUAAAUUCAAUUAAUAAUCAAUUAAAUAAUAACCCAAAUACAAAUAUUAAUUUGAAUAAUAAUAAUAAUAAUAAUAAUAAUAAUAAUCAAUUCAAGAAGAGUACUGGAAUGACUCCUCCAAAACCUGUUAAUAAUAAUAAUAAUAAUGUACCAUUACCAACAACAACAACAACAACAACAACAUCGACAACUUCACCACUUCAACAUCAUCAAGAUCGAGAAGUUCCAAUUAAUGUUAAUCCAACAACUCCAACAAAACCAACUUUAUCUAAUAGUUUCGAGGAUACUAACAAUAAUAAUAAUAAUAAGAUUAGAAAACCAGUUCCAUCAUUUAUUCCACCAACACCAGUAUCUACACCAAGUCAACCUUUACCAAUUCCAACUACAAAACAACCAGCCACAAUUUCGUAUGCUCCAUCUUCACCAACUCGGUUUGGUAGAAGUCCAACGAUAUCGACACCUAAUAGUCCAGUCAACAACUUGAUCAGAAACUUUAAUCAAAUCUCUGAACAAGCCACCAAAGAUCAGACUCUUCGUAUGUUGAGACCACGUAGCAUGUCUGUUAGUUUUAAUGGAUUUCCACAACCACCAGGUUCGCCAAGAUCCCAAAUCACAACGAGCCAAGGUGGAUUAUUCACAACACCACCACCAACUUUUGAUCCAACAAAUCAACAACCUCCUCAACCAUAA